AUGUGCUGCUCCAUGGUCCUGCUCUUCACUGCCGCUCUGGUACUGCUAUUGAGUGCUGGAGGCAUCUGGGUCUACAAGACUGAGCCUGAGAAUGGAAAGAGCGAUCCCUGGUAUCCGUCACCAAGGGGAGGUACUGUUUCCGCCUGGGAAGAGGCGUACAAGAAGGCUGCUGCUCUGGUUUCUCAAAUGUCCGUCGUUGAGAAAGUAAACAUCACCACUGGUACUGGCUGGGAGAUGGGUAUGUGUGUGGGUAACACUGGCCCCGUUGAAAGAUUGGGCUUCCCUUCCCUCUGCUUGCAGGACGGUCCCCUGGGUCUGAGAUUCGCCGACAACAUCACCGCUUUCCCUGCUGGCAUUACCCUUGGAGCUACCUGGAACAAGGAAUUGAUCCACCUCAAGGGCCGUGCGCAUGGUCGGGAAGCUUAUGGCAAGGGUGUUCACAUUGUGCUUGGUCCCAGCAUGGGUCCAUUCGGUCGUUUGCCUGCUGGCGGCAGAAACUGGGAAGGUUUUGGCUCAGACCCUGUUCUACAAGGUCUGCUUGCCGCUUCUAUGAUCAAAGGUAUCCAGGAGGAAGGCAUCAUUGCCACCGCAAAACAUUACAUCGCCAACGAACAGGAGCACUUCCGCCAGAGCUGGGAAUGGGGCACUCCUAACGCCAUCAGCAGCAACCUUGACGACAGAACUCUGCACGAAAUCUACGCUUGGCCAUUCGCCGAGAGCGUCAAGGCUGGCGUUGGUAGCGUCAUGUGUUCCUACAACCAAGUCAACCAGAGUUACGCUUGUCAAAACAGCAAACUGCUCAAUGGCAUUCUCAAGGAUGAAAUGGGCUUCCAAGGCUUUGUGCAGAGUGACUGGCUCGCUCAGAGAAGUGGUGUAGCAUCUGCUCUUGCUGGCCUUGAUAUGAGUAUGCCUGGAGACGGCCUCCGCUGGACGGAUGGCCAAUCUGUGUGGGGCGGUGAAUUAACCAAGGCUGUUUUCAACGGUAGCGUUCCUAUGGAGCGUCUCAACGAUAUGGUACUGAGAAUUGUCGCCGCUUGGUAUCAAUUCGGUCAAGACGACAAGAAGAAGUGGCCUGCCGAGAAAGAUGGCGGUGGCCCCAACUUCUCGUCGUGGACCAAUGAUGAGAUUGGUUUGUUGCACCCUGGAAGCAAUGACACUACCAAGGGUGUUGUCAACAAAUUCGUCAACGUCCAAGGCGAGGGCGAGGAUGCCCAUGGUAAACUCGCUCGCCAGAUCGCCGCUGAAGGUACUGUGUUGCUCAAGAACGACGACCAUGUUCUUCCUCUUGCCCGCGAUGGCAAGAAAAUGACAAAGAACGGCGAAAAGUUCCGUGUCGCCAUCUUUGGCGAAGACGCUUUCAACAACGGCAAGGGACCCAACGCAUGCGCAGACCGUGCUUGCAACGAAGGCACACUCGCUCAAGGCUGGGGAUCUGGCACUGUCGAGUUUCCUUAUCUGAUCUCUCCUGCUGAGGGAAUUCAUCUGGGUUUCGACAAGGAGAGCGUCACUCUUUCUGACUACCCCUCCAACUACCAGGACUUGGACAAACAUCCUGAGCAUGCAGCCAACCAAGACGUAUGCUUUGUUGCUAUCAACAGCGAUGGCGGCGAAGGCUAUGUCGCAUGGCAAGACGUAAAGGGCGACCGUAACGACCUCUACGCUCAAAAGGGCGGUGACGAGCUAGUCCAAAAAGUCGCAGCCAAAUGCGGCGGUCCCACAAUCGUCAUCGUGCACUCUGUCGGCCCCGUCAUCCUCGAGAAAUGGAUAGAUCUCCCUGGAGUGAAAGCAGUGCUAUACGCAAAUCUUCCAGGACAAGAGAGUGGCUCCGCACUCGCUUCCAUCAUUUUUGGCGACGUAAACCCUUCAGGCCGCUUACCCUACACAAUCGCCAAACACGAAGACGACUACGGCCCAACCAGCAAAAUCCUGUAUCACCCCAAUGCAGUCAUUCCGCAGCAAAAUUUCUCCGAGGGCUUGUACAUCGAUUACCGAUACUUCGACAAGCAUGCCAUUGAGCCACGCUACGAAUUUGGGUUUGGACUGUCCUACACCACUUUUCACCUCAGCAGUAUCUUGAUCCAUCCUGUUGCGACUGAAUACUCGACUCUACCCGCCAAACGCCCUGCAGCACUCACACCUCCACACCUUGACGUCUCCAUCCCAGAUGCACGCACAGCACUAUGGCCUGCCAAUUUCAUCGCUUUCAAGAAAUACAUCUAUCCCUACAUUUCCUCCGUCUCCGACAUCAAGGCUGGCAAAUACCCUUAUCCCGCCGGCUACGAAAUCACUGCACCUCCAUCACCAGCCGGCGGCGCAGAAGGCGGAAAUCCAGACUUGUACUCUCCCAUCGCCAUUAUCCAAGCCUCGCUCACCAACACUGGUGCGCUAGCAGGCGACUGCGUAGUCCAACUCUACAUCUCCUAUCCUUCAUCUCCCAUCUACGAUUCCCUGAACCGCACAGUGGACUUCCCGGUCAAAGUCUUGCGUGCCUUUGACAAGAUGUUCGUUACACCCGACAAGAGAGUUGAAGUCAGCAUGCAGCUCACCAGAAAAGAUUUGAGCUUUUGGGAUGUAGGGGUGCAGAAUUGGGUGUUGCCGAUGGGAGAGUUUGAAGUCCAAUUGGGCUUUUCGAGCAGGGAUGUGCAGCAGAAGGGACGGUUUAGUACUGAGGCUUUGUUUGCUUGA